AUGGAUGCGAUGGAGGAAACCACAGACGUUGAGCUGUGGGCCAACCGAAUUGCGGACUUUCUCAUCAGCAUGCGCCUCACCUAUGCCAUCGUUUUGUGCAGUAUUCUGAACAUCGCCCGUGUGCGUAUAGAAGCGAAGGCACACAGAAAACCUUUUUGGGAGCAUCUCUCAGAGCGGCACCAAAGGACCGUGGUGGGCAGUGAGCUGCGUUUUUGGACUUCUCCGAUCCUUCUCAGCGGGGUGAUUGUUCUGGGUGCCUUGGUUGUGGCAGGCUUUGAUUUCAGCCACUUCUGGGUGUGCACAUGUUUGAUCAUCGCCGGUGCUGCAGACCUGAUCGACUGGAUUGGUCGUUGGCCUGCGCUACCAUUUGACCUGUGGUAUCACCACAUGGGUGUUCUCUUACUUCUGGUGCAGUUCGGAGACUUUGGUGCAACAGGCCAGUGGCAAGUUGUCUGGUUGGGGGUGGGCGUUGGACUGCAGAGCAUUGCCAACCACAUGUCGUCUCGUGUGUACUACACACAGGAAGUCCCAAGAAUGCAAGAAGCAGUGCGCUGGCAGCACGCUAUGGUUCCUGUCAAGAUACUCAACAUGGCUGCCCUUUCGUGGCGUAUCUACACGGCAUUUGUGGAGCAAGCUCCGCUGUUUGCCGUGCUGCGUGCCGCGAUGCUCUUUGGCUAUGCUUACACCGCGGUGCAUGCGCAUCGCUUCUGGUUUCGCUUUGAUUGUGCUCAGUACCAUGCCACUCAUCAAGCUUUAUGGUUCCAAGAACGGCCCAUCGUCCGGCCACCGGUCCUGGUCCUGGGCCGUACCCGGACUGUUCCCUGA